AUGGGCCUGCUCAAGCUCGCCUCCUGCGUGGUCCUCGCGGGCGUCGUGAUGGUCGCCGGGGCGUGGCUCGGGUUCAUCCGCCGGGCGUACUUCGUGGGCGGGAUCGUCCUCGCCUGGGCCGCGGCCCGGACGGGCACGGUCCCCGCGAUCAUCCGCGAGUCGGGCGGAGACGGCGUCUUCAUGAAGCUCGCGAUCGAGGGGCUGGUUCUGGGCCUGGUGUUCGCGGGCUUCGCGUGGCUCACCGCCGCGAUCCGGCGCAAAGCGGAUGAGAAAGUCACCCUCCCGAGCCUUGGCGACGCCCGGGCGGUCCUCGCGGUCGUCCUCGUCGGGAUGGUGUGCGGGUGGGCGAUCGGACGCGACGGCAGCUUCGGCCAGACGCUCUUCGCAUCGUUCGCCGCGGGGCUCUUCGGGACGUUCAUCGCCCGAGUGAUCUCGCCGAGGUGCUCGUUCGCGAGCAUCGCGAUCGGGGCGUCGGUCCUCGCGUUCGGGGCGCCGCUGAUCUGGGCGCUGCAGAACGGCUCGACCGCGCUGGCGGACAUGUACGAGGCCUCGAUCGCGGGGUACGCCCUGAUCACGCCGCUCACGUGGCUCUCCGGCGUGAGCCUGGGGCUCUGGGGCGGGUCGUCGUGGGCGGAUUCGAUGGUCCAGAAGCACGAGCCGAAAGACGGCCGAACCCCCGCCCGUGCAUCCGCGGGCGCGUGGGUUCGAAUCCUGAGCCGACAACGCCUUUUUCCGCCCCUUCAAGCUCCUCCGGAGACUCCCGUUAUGAGUUCGAGCGUCGCGCCCAUCCCCGACGUCCAGGCCAAGCAGGACAACCGCCAGAUCGCCAUCGACAAGGUCGGCGUCCGCGGCAUCCGCUACCCGAUCACCCUCGCGACCCGGGACGGCGCCGAGCAGACCACGGUGGCGACGGUGAACAUGUACGUCUCCCUUCCGCACCACCAGAAGGGCACGCACAUGAGCCGCUUCCUCGAGAUCCUCAACGAGGUCGCGCACCCGCUCACGCCGAAGAAUAUCCCGGCCGUGGCCCGGGCGAUCAACGAGAAGCUCAACGCCGACCACGCCCACCUGGAGCUGCGGUUCCCGUACUUCAUCGAGAAGCAGGCCCCCGUCACGAAAACGCCGGGCCUGAUGGAUUACGAAGUCGCGAUGAUCCUCGAGACGAACAAGCUCGACGAUUUCAUCCUGAGCGUGAAGGCCCCCGCGACGAGCCUCUGCCCGUGCUCCAAGGAGAUCAGCGAGUACGGCGCCCACAACCAGCGGUGCGAGAUCGAGGCCGCCGUCCGCUUCACCGAGACCCUCUGGAUCGAAGACCUGGUGUCCCACCUUGAGGCCGCCGCGUCCGCCCCCGUCUACGCCGCCCUGAAGCGUCCUGACGAGAAAUACGUCACCGAGGAGGCGUUCGACAACCCGAAAUUCGUGGAGGACAUCGUCCGCGAUCUGGCCCUCCGCCUCGAGGACGACGACCGCAUCUCGUGGUACUCGAUCAACUCGGAGAACUUCGAGUCGAUCCACAACCACAACGCCUACGCCCAGAUCACCCGCGAUAAGCUGAUCCCGAGCAUGUUCCACCGCCGGCUCCUCCUCCUGGGGGCCGCGGGCGUCGCCGGCGCGGUCAUGCUCGCCCUCCAGACCUACCGCCUCACCGUCGUGCAGGGCUCGGGGUUCCUCGAGAUCGCCGAGCAGCGGCUCGUCGAGGAGCGGUGGACGCCCACGGUCCGGGGCCGGAUCCUCGACCGAAAGGGCCGCAUCCUCGCGAGCGACGCGCCGGGCUUCGACGUGCUCGUGGACUACUCCGUCCUGAGCGGCCAGUGGGCGUACAACACCGCCUCACGCGAGGCCGCCCGCGCCUUCGGGGACGACUGGGACGCGAUGUCCCCCGAAUCCCGCGAGCGCGAGAUCGAAGCGAUCGCGGAGGAGCACCUCGACGGCAUCAACCGCCUCUGGUCCGAACUCGCCGAAGCGCUGAAUGUUGAGCGGGACGUGAUCGACUCUCGCCGGUCCGACAUCCUCGCGUUCGUCCAGCGGACCGCCGCCUCCGUAAACCUGCGCCGUCUCGAGUCGAUGCGUGAGGAGCUGCAGCGCGAGCAGGGGCGCGUCGGCGUGGACCUCUCCCUCGCGGACGUGACCAUCCCCAUCCGCGAGGAGCACUCGCCGCACCCCAUCGCCAAGGGCAUCGACGAGCCCACCGCCCGGGCCAUCCGCCGCUUGGCCUCGAGCUACCCCGGGCUCCACGUCCUCCCGAGCGGCGUGCGCGAGUACGCCUUCCAGCGCGUGAAUGUGAGCGUGCCGACGGCGACCCUCCCCAAGCCACUCCGCACCGACGCGCCGCGGGCGAUCGAGGUGGAAGUCGAAGGCCCGCUCACGCACAUCGUCGGCUGGAUGCGCAAGGUCUUCGCGGAAGACCUCGACCGGCGUCCCAAGCACAACGUGAUCUCGGGGGAGAUCGACCCGGGCCACUACCAGCCCGGAGACCGCAUCGGGCGCACGGGCAUCGAGCAGUCCCAGGAAUACCGCCUCCGCGGCCAGCGCGGGCGCGUCGUCCGCCACCUGGACACGGGCAAGGAGGACCUCGAGCUCCCGCUCCCGGGCCGGGACGUCGAGAUCACCAUCGACGCCGCGCUCCAGGCGCGCAUCGCCGCGAUCAUGGACCCGAGCGUGGGCCUCGCGCAGGUGCAGCUCUGGCACACCCCGGCCGGGCGCGAGCACCAGCUCGAGCUCGGCACGCCCCUGUACGGCGCCGCGACGGUGAUCGACAUCGAAACCGGCGAGAUCCUCGCGAUGGUCUCCACCCCCUCGUUCGACCUCGACCGCAUCCGCGAGGAGCCCGAGAGCGUCUGGGAGGACGCCGUCACGCAGCGCGGCGUGAACAAGGCGAUCGCCAAGCCCUACCCGCCAGGCUCGAUCGUCAAGCCGCUCAUCCUCGUCAGCGCCGUCUCCGAAGGCACACACGCGCUGUCCGAGGCCAUCGAGUGCACGGGCCACCUCCUGCCGUUCAACAAGACGAUGCUCCGCUGCUGGAUCUACAAGCAGUACAACACGACGCACACGCACGCCUUCGGCCGCCCGCUCGUGGCGCACGAGGCGAUCGCCGUUUCGUGCAACAUCUUCUUCUACACGCUCGCGCGCGAGCUGGGCCCGGAGCGGCUCAUCGCGUGGUACGAGAAGUGGGGCGUCGGUUCGCCCUUCAACCUGGGCGUGGGCUUCGAGUACGAAGGCGUCGCCGGCGUCGAUUUCGCCGGCAACCGCGCGGGCAUCGGCGAGGCCACGCUCAUGGGCAUCGGGCAGGGCCCCGUCGCCUGGACGCCCGUCCACGCGGCCGACGCCUACGCGACGCUCGCCCGAGGCGGCCUCCGCAUCAAGCCGCGCCUCGUCCGCGACAACUCGCCCGUCGCGAACGAUCUCCGCGUCGACUCCGCCGCCGUGAGCGAGGCGCUGAAGGGCCUCAACGAGGCCGUCUCCAGCGCCGAGUUCGGCAGCGCCUACAAGCUCGAAUUCCCGGACGGCACCUCCGAGCGCAUCUUCGCCGCCGAGGGCGUCGCGUUCUACGGCAAGACCGGCACGGCCGAGGCGCCGGACAUCACGGACGAGCUCGAAGAGGGCGUCUCGACGAUCCUGCGCGAGGGCGACCACUCGUGGUUCGUCAUCCUCGUCGGGCCGGAAGGGAUGCGCCCGAAGUACGCGGUUUCGGUCAUCAUGGAGUACGCAGGCUCGGGCGGGCGCGUCUCGGGCCCGAUCGCGAACCAGAUCGUUCGGGCGCUCAUCGCGGAGGGGCCGCCCCGGUACCUGAUGCACGCGCGCCACUCGCAGACGCGCCAGCGUCUCACGCACAAGCACGCCGGGUGGGUCGUCCUCUUCGCGACGCUCGCCCUGCUCGCGGUUGGCGUGACGAGCAUCGAGCUCGCGAACGAGAUGGGCGCGGUCUCGGUCAACUACGCGAAGAAGCAGCUCAUCAUCGCGGGGAUGGGUCUUGUUGUGGCGCUCGUCUUCGCGAUCCCGCACUACAAGUGGCUCGCGUACUUCCGCUGGCCCCUCGCGGUCGCGACGAUCGUCCCGCUCGUGUUCGUGCUCCUGCCCUUCGUGCCCGAGUCCAUCGUCACGCCCCGCAACGGCGCGCGCCGGUGGAUCAACCUGGGCCUGAUGGACGUCCAGCCGAGCGAACUCGCCAAGGUGAUGUACGUCGCGAUCAUGGCCGGCUACCUGCGCUACCGCUCCACCUACCGGAAGUACACCGGGCUCUUCAUCCCCGCCUUCAUCGCGUUCGUGCCCAUGUCGCUCAUCCUCGUCGAGCCCGACCUGGGCACGUCCCUCCUGUUCAUCCCCGCGCUGGUCGCGAUGCUCAUCGCCGCCGGCGCCAAGAUCUGGCACCUCGUCACCACCGGGGUCCUCGCCGGGCUCUUCGGUGUGACGGUCAUCACGAUCUCGCUUCUCGCCGCCGAGCAGGGCGAGUACCCGCUCCUCCGCGAGCACCAGGUCGAGCGCAUCCAGACCGUCGUCGGCCCGUACCUGGGCAUCGAGGCGGACACCCAGGGACGAGAUUUCCAGUCGAGCCGAGCCAAAACGCUCAUCGGCGCCGGCGGCUUCAACGGCCACGCCCCCGCCAAGGCCGCGGCCUUCGUCCACUUUUCCCGCCUCCCCGAGCGCCACAACGACAUGAUCUUCCCCGUCAUCGUCGCCCGGUGGGGCUUCGUCGGGGCGGUGGGGGUGAUCCUGCUCUACGUUCUCUGGGUGGGCGGGGCGCUGAUGGUGGCGGCGUCGUGCAAGGUCGCCUUCGGGCGGAUCCUCGUCGUGGGCCUCGCGACGAUGGUCGGGACGCAGGCGUUCAUCAACAUCGGGAUGACCCUGGGCCUGCUGCCCAUCACCGGGAUGACGCUCCCGUUCGUCAGCGCGGGCGGAUCGAGCCUCCUCGCGGGGUUCAUGAUGGUCGGAUUGAUCAUGAAUGUGGCGAUGCGACGCCCGCCGUACCUCUGGCGUCCGUCGUUCGAAUACGAUGACGGCGAUGGAGCGUACGGCCUCGCGCUGGAGCCGAGCGAGAUCAACGCGCUGGCGCACUUCCUCUCCCUCAUGCUCGCGUCCAACGCGGUCGUGAACCUCACGUCCAUCAAGGAUCCGGAAGAAGCCUGGUCGAAGCACGUCUUCGAUUCCCUCAGCCUCCUCCCGGUCCUGGGCGAGCUGGGCGAGGACCUGAAGAUCGCGGACGUCGGCAGCGGCGGGGGCCUCCCCGCGAUCCCGCUCGCCAUCGCGAUGCCCGGGUCGAACUUCUCGCUCAUCGAGUCCACGGGCAAGAAGGCGGGCUUCCUGAUGCACGCAGCGAAGAUGCUCGAGCUGGGCAACGUCCGCGUGCUGAACGCGCGGGCGGAGGACAUCGGCCAGGAGUUCCGCACGCACCGGGGGCGGUACGACAUCGUCACCGCUCGGGCGGUGGGGCGGAUCAACGUCCUGGCGGAGCUGACCGCGCCGCUCGCGAAAGUCGGCGGGCUCGUCGUGCUCACCAAGGGUGAGAAGGCGCCCGAGGAACUCGACGAGGCGGCGCUCGCGCUCAAGACCCUGGGCCUCGCGCACGCCGGCACCCACGAGACGCCCACAGGGCGUGUCGUCAUCCUCGAGAAGGUGAAGACGACGCCCCGGCCCUACCCGCGCCGGCCGGGCGAGCCCAAGCGGGCGCCGAUCGGCAGCUCCGGCGCGGAGAAACGAUGCUACGAGCAGCGCGACCAGCAGCUCGAGAUGGCGGACGCCGUCGAGCGCGCCAUGUCGAGCGACGCGACCGCCCUCAUCGAGGCGGGCACCGGCGUCGGCAAGUCAUUCGGCUACCUCGUCCCCGCGAUCCUGCGCAUCAUCGAGCGCCGCGAGCGCGUCGUCGUCGCGACGAACACCAUCGCGCUGCAGGAGCAGAUCGUCCACAAGGACCUGCCCUUCCUGCGCGCCGCGAUCGAGGAGGCGACCGGUCAGGAGUUCAGCGCCGAAUUGGUGAAGGGGCGCGGGAACUACCUCUCCGUGCGCCGCCUCGAGCUCGCGUCCAAGAAGGCCGAGAAGCUCUUCCGGGAUCACGCCUCGCUCGACUCGCUCCACGAGAUCGUCGAAUGGGCGCACGAAACCGAGGACGGCUCCCUCGCGACGCUCCCCCAGCUCGCCCGCCCCGCGGUCUGGGACCGCGUGCAGAGCGAUUCCGGCAACUGCAUGGGCCGCAAGUGCCCGCGGUACGAGGUGUGCUUCUACCAGCAGGCCCGCCGCCGGAUGGAGCGUGCCGAGCUGCUCGUGACGAACCACGCCCUGUUCUUCGCCGACCUCGCCCUCCGCUCGCGCGGCGUCGGCUUCCUCCCGCCCUACGACCACGUCGUCCUCGACGAGGCGCACGCGGUGGAGGACGUCGCCUGCGAGCACUUCGGCCUCACGCUCACCGAGGGGCGAGUGAACCACCUGCUCGGCUCGCUCUACAGCGAGCGGUCGAAGAAGGGAUUCUUCGAAUCCAUGCGCGUGCCGGGCGACGAGCAGGACCGCCUCGACCGCGCCGUCCGCGCGACGCUCGACGCCCGCGACGCCAGCGCCGUGUUCUUCGACCGGCUCGUCCACCGCGCCGGCAACCGCGCGGGCUCCGUCCGCCUCCGGCCCGACGAGGCGAUCGACAACCCGCUCACCGACACAUUCGGCCGCCUCGCCAUGGCCCUCACGCGCCUCCGCGAGGGCAUCCCGCAGGAGGAGGACAAGUUCGAGCUCAACGCCUACGCCGAGCGCGCCAAGGCCAUCGCCGAGGAGGCCGAGAUCCUCUGCGAGCAGGGCCUGCCCGGGUGCGCGUACUGGAUCGAGGUCGCGCAGGGCACGUACGGCGUCCGCGGGACGCUCGCGUGCGCGCCGGUGGACGUCGGCCCGAUCCUGAGUGAGCGGCUCUUCGGCGGGGAGCAUUCCGUCGUCCUGACCUCCGCCACGCUCACGACGUCGACGGGGGGGAGCGGCAGCGGCGGGGCGUUCGAGCACACGAAAUCGCGUCUGGGCGUCUCGGAUCCCGACGAGCUCGUCCUCGGGAGCCCGUUCCUCCACGCCGAGCAGAUGGAGGUUUUCGUCGACGACACGAUGCCCGACCCGCGGGACGCGUCGUAUAUCGAUCACCUGAGCCGUGCGGUGCACCGCCACGUCAGCGCGACGGGCGGCGGGGCGUUCGCGCUGUUCACGUCGUACGCCACCAUGCGCACGGUCCUCGGGAAGAUCGAGGGCGAGCUCGAGGCGGAGGGCUACCCCGUCUGGAUGCAGGGGCGCGACGGCAGCCGCUCGAACAUCCUCGAAGCCUUCCGCGAGCGCGACAACGGCGUCCUCUUCGGCACCGCUUCGUUCUGGCAGGGCGUGGACGUCCGCGGCAGGAGCCUGCGGAACGUCAUCAUCACCCGCCUGCCCUUCGAGCCGCCCGACCGCCCCCUCACCGAGGCGCGGCUCGAGCGCGUCCGCGAGCGCGGCGGCAACCCGUUCCGCGACGAGUCCCUCCCGAGAGCCAUCAUCAAGUUCAAGCAGGGCAUCGGCCGCCUCAUCCGCAGCGCGUCGGACGAGGGACGCGUCGUCGUGCUCGACCCGCGCGUCGUCCGCUCGGCCUACGGCAAGCAGUUCAUGGGCGUGAUCCCAGAGGGUGUCCGCGUCCGCCUGGAAUCCGCGGAUUCCGGCGUGUUCAAGGCGUACGACAUCCGCGGGACCUACCCGGACCCGCUCAACGAGGCGAUGGCCUGGAAGAUCGGCUUCGGCGCGGCGCAGUACCUCAUCGAGCAGGCCGAGGCGUCGGGCGAGACCUCGCCCAUGGCGCGGAACAUCGUCGUCGGCCACGACAUGCGGACGCACUCCCCGAGCCUGCGCGACGCGCUGUGCCGGGGCAUGAACGACGCGGGCGCGAGCGUGAUUGACGUCGGCAAGGUGGACACGCCGUUCGUCUACUUCGCGAUCAACCGCCUGGACUGCGCGGGCGGCGUGCAGGUGACCGCGAGCCACAACCCGCCGCAGUACAACGGAUUCAAGAUCUCCAAGCGCCUCGCCAAGCCGGUCGGCGAGGCGACGGGUCUCUCCGAGAUCCGCGAGUACGCCGCGGUCGCGAACGAGGAGAAGACCGAGUCGCGCGACCCCGCCAUCGAGCAGCGCGACCUGUGGGACGCGUACCGCAAGCACGUGCACUCGUUCCUCGAUAUGGGCGGCAAAUCCGUGAAGGUCGUCAUCGACGCCUCAAACGGCAUGGCGGGCACGAUGGUCCCCAAGGUCUUCACGGACGUGAAAGGCCUGGAGAUCGUCCCGCUCUACUUCGAGAACGACAAGGGCGAGUUCGUCCACGAGCCCAACCCGCUCGUCGCGUCGAACCUCGUCGAUCUGCAGGCGAAGGUCGUCGAGGAGCAGGCGGACUUCGGCAUCUGCUUCGACGGCGACGCGGAUCGCCUGAUCAUCGUCGACGAGCAGGGCCAGAUCGUCGGCUGCGACCACCUCACCGCGAUGCUCGCGCCGCACUUCCUCGCGAAGAAGCCGGGCAGCGCGAUCGUCUACGACCUGCGAUCCUCCAAGGCGCUCGAAGAGGCGAUCAAGGAAGCCGGCGGCACGCCGAUCCGGUCGCGCGUCGGGCACGUGUUCAUGAAGGCCGCGCUCGCCGAGCACGGCGGCUCCUUCGGUGGCGAGCUCUCGGGCCACUUCUACUUCGCGGACAACUUCAACGCCGACUCCGGCGCGAUCGCGAUGGCCUCCGUACUCACCGCCCUCGCGAAGGAGGGCAGGAAGGUGAGCGAGCUCAUCGCGCCGAUCGCCCGCUACGCGCAGUCCGGCGAGAUGAACUUCGAGGUCGAGGACAAGGACGGCGCCCUCGAGGACAUCCAGGCCGAGUACGAAGGGCGCGGGACGAUCGACACGCUCGACGGCAUCACGGUGGACUGCUUCGACGCCGAGGGCUGGUGGUGCAACAUCCGCAAGUCCAACACCGAGCCGCUCCUCCGCCUGAACCUCGAAGCGAAGAGCCCGGAGAUCCUGGAGAAGAUGCUCGCCGAAGUGACCCCGAUGCUCGGCGAGGCGGUUGCCCACUGA